AUGGGCAAAAUGGCGAACUCGAAGAAGGUCUGGCUGAUCACAGGCGCAUCGCGUGGGUUGGGCCUUGCUUUGACUCGACGGGUUCUUGCUCGUGGUGGCUGUGUUAUCGCCACAGCUCGGGAAGCUUCCGCUCUCGCCGACUUGUUUGCCGACCCUUCCGUCGACACGACGAACCUGUACCCGCUCGCAUUGGACGUUACGUGGUCGUUCGACAAGCUCAGGGCUGCGAUGGACAAGGCAAUCGCGCGCUGGGGCCAUGUCGACGUUCUCGUGAACAACGCUGGUCACGGAAACAUUCGGCCAACAGAGGAGUGCAGUGCGGAAGACUUGCUCGCCUUGCUGUCGACGAACUUCCUCGGUGUCGUUGGCGUUACGAACGCACUGCUCCCCCACUUCCGCUCCAGGAGGAGCGGGAAGGUCAUUAUCAUUGGCUCGCGGACGGCAUAUCACAAUGAGUACAUGGGCCCUGGUGCAUAUGCCGCCACAAAAGCCGCUGUCCACGCAUAUGGCGAGACGUUGUCGGCAGAGAUGAAGCCAUUUAAUGUUGGCGUCAUGAUUGUUGCGCCCGGUGCAUUCGAGAGCGGUAUCCAGAUCCCAAUCUGCCCCGGUCCGAUCAAAGACUACGACCCUAUCCGCCAAAAGAUCGCACAGGCAUUUGCUGCACGUGAGAAGGAUGAUACGAGGGGUAGCCCGGAGAAGGGCAUGGACUGCAUCGUCGACGUCGUGAACGGCGAGGGCCGCGCGGCGGGCAAGACGGAGAUGCCGUUAUGGCUGUUCCUCGGCGACGAUGCCAUCUCGAAUGUGCGUGCGCGUCUGCAGAAGAUGGCACGGACGGUAGACGAGUGGGAGUGUGUUGGCUCGCGGAUCUAG